AUCCUGGGAUUCCUUUUUAAAGGUGAAGCUGCAGAAAAAGUAAACAUGUUGGAUGAUAAAGCACCGAGGUCGAAGCUGGGUGCUCCGUCGAGAGGUUCGUCUUUUUACAUUGAGAACCUGCUGCGGACUGCUUACACAGGGCCGUCCUCUGGCUCUGACAGCUGCAAAGUUACAGCCCACAGCCCGGCGACCUGUCCCGGACUGGAAACUAAAGGUGUAGGGGACAGAGAAGCGCUGAACUGGAGCAGAACAUCACUAAACACAGCGGAGCGGACCUCCAGAAGUCCACAGGACAAGGAGGAACAGUCUGACCCAGCGCCAGCGAGCUACCGGGACUCCCCAAGUUUAGCAGGGAGGGCGGAGGCCGAGGAGCCGGAGGAGAAGGAGCCGGAGGAGCCGGAGGAGGAGAAGGGGGACGACAGUCUGACGGAUGACAGAGAGGAGGACGACGCGCGCUCCUCCUGCUUCUCUCGAGAGGACAGCAGUGAUCCAGGCGACAUGAAACUGUCCCGUAAGAAGAAGACGCGCACCGUGUUCAGCCGGAGUCAGGUGUUCCAGCUGGAGGCGACCUUCGACCUGAAGCGUUACCUGAGCAGUUCGGAGCGCGCCGGGCUAGCCGCCUCGCUGCAGCUCACAGAGACGCAGGUCAAGAUCUGGUUCCAGAACCGCCGCAACAAGUGGAAGAGGCAGAUCGCUGCCGACAUGGAGGCCAGCAGCGCCGCCGCCCCCGCCCCCUACGGCGCCCAGAGGCUCGUCAGAGUCCCUGUGUUGUACCGCGAGAACGUCGGCGUGCCUCAUGUGACGUCACCGGUGGUCGGCUUCUCUAACUCUCUCAGCUUUCCAUUGACUUCACACUUCACACACCCGGUGUCCUUCAUCACGCCACAGAUGACCGGCCUGGUGUGACGCCAAUAAAUCUAAUAAAGAUGCUGCAAAUAUAUUCAUUUUAGUUGACUUCCUGAUAAUAAAGUGGAUUCAUCCUGUGUUUAAGUUUUCUAGAAGCAUCUGAAGGUGGAUUUCUAAUCGUCAUGAUCCCUGAACGGCUGCUUUAAACACUAGAAACAAGACUGUUUCUCCUAUUACCAAUGUUUUAUUCCAAUAUAUUUUAACUUAAGUGAUUAUGGGUUUCAGCGCUAGAUGUUAGUGACUCUGAUGGCUGUUUUCAGAUAUUUAAGCUGUCCACAGUCCUCUCCUCUGGCCUGCAUGGAGGACUUUCACAGCAGGUUUCAGGAUUCAAGUAUCAAGUAUAGAUGAGGUCAAAGAAGGGUCAAUAAGAAGGUGUGGAACUAAUCUGUGACGUUUAUGAGUCUCUGUAAAACUCUAAACUAAACCGAAAAAUAGUAUUAGUAAUAUAUUUAUAUAAUUAUAUAUAUAUUGUUAUAUUAGAAAUAGUAGA